GAGUUGGAUGAUGGUUGGGUCAAGUCGGAGCUCCUUUUUCCCACUGAGUUACCAGUCGUCUUGAACGCACUGAAGUCGGAGAUUUCCGAGUUGUUUUGAACGCGGCAUAACCUGCAUACAAGCUCCAUAUCAAUGGGCGCAUGAGUAUUUAACCGAGUUGGAUGAUAGUUGGGUCAAGUCGGAGCUCCUUUUUCCCACCGAGUUACCAGUCGUCUUGAACGCACUGAAGUCGGAGAUUUCCGAGUUGUUUUGAACGCGGCAUAACCUGCAUACAAGCUCCAUAUCAAUGGGCGCAUGAGUAUUUAAAGCGAGUUAGUAUUUAUUUAAGUUUCAAGUUUAAAAUGUGCUUAUAGUAAUAGUUAUCUACCGGAACGUUUCUACUGUCAGAAGCCAGCUUACAUUACCACAACUUGAUUGAGAAGAGAGUUUACGGAACCAUCUAACGCUAGCUAGUGACAGAGUGGACCUUCUGGUUCGCUAAAUCGAUAGCCACGUUAAUAUGGUUACAGCAAGAUGACUUCAACAACCACUUCAACGGGAACUUCUUGAGACUCACUGGACUGGAGACGCGUCACUCAUGGGCCAAUGAUUGACACGGUGUUGAAGUGAAUGCACCGGUAGUUUGCGAGCCAGCCAGCCAGCUAGCUGCUAGCUUGCCUGCUAGCUAGCUACUUCUAAGACGCCGGAGCUCACCGGUGAGAUUGUUCGUCCGCUAAGCCUACCCAGGGAAGUGGUUUGGGCUCGUGACUAAUAUUAGCUGUAGCUGAAACUAGCAAGCCGGUUGUAUUGUGUGAGGAGAAGAGCAGGCUGUCAAGAUGGGCUCGUUGUUCCGAAGUGAAGAGAUGUGUUUGACCCAGCUGUUUCUGCAGUCUGGAUCAGCGUACGACUGCAUCAGCGAACUGGGAGAAAUGGGUAUGGUGGAAUUCAGAGACCUCAACCCCAGCGUGAAUCUAUUCCAGCGGAAGUUUGUCACUGAGCUAAAAAGAUGUGAGGAGAUGGAGAGAAUUUUAGGGUACCUUCUAAGAGAAAUCAAGAGGGCAGACAUCCCACUUCCAGAGGGAGAAGUGAACCCGGUUGCACCCCUGCCCAAGCAUGUCCUAGUUAUAAUGGAGCAGUUGCAGAGGUUGGAGGUGGAGCUGAGCGAGGUGACCAGGAAUAAGGAGAAGCUACAGAAGAACCUCCUGGAGCUGACAGAGUAUACACACAUGCUGCGUAUCACACGCAACUUUGUGCACCGCAGCGCAGAGCGUGAGCCCCCGCAGGUCCAGUAUGAGGAGUUCCCCUUUCUAGAAAAGGAUUCCAUGAUGGACUACAGCAGCAUGCAGCGACUAGGGGCCAAACUAGGGUUUAUAUCAGGGCUGAUUCAGAGAAGGAAAAUAGAGGCCUUUGAGCGCAUGCUGUGGAGAGUGUGUAAGGGCUACACCAUCCUUAGCUACUCUGAGAUUGACGAGUACUUGGAGGACCCUGACACGGGUGAGCCAACUAAGAGUGUGGUUUUCCUCAUCUCCUACUGGGGCGAGCAGAUCGGACAGAAAGUCAAGAAGAUCUGUGACUGCUACCACUGUCACGUGUAUCCAUACCCCAACAGCAAUGAGGAGAGGAAUGAUGUUGUGGAGGGACUCAGGACUCGCAUCCAGGACCUGCACACUGUACUCCACAGGACAGAGGACUACCUGAGACAAGUCUUGAACAAGGCCUCUGAGUCCGUCUACACCUGGGUCAUCCAGGUUAAGAAGAUGAAGGCCAUCUACCACAUCCUCAACCUGUGUAGCUUUGACGUCACCAACAAGUGUCUGAUAGCCGAGGUGUGGUGCCCUGUCAACGAUCUGCCCAUCCUGCGGAGGGCAUUAGAGGAAGGCUCGAGGAAAAGUGGAGCCACGGUGCCUUCUUUUGUCAACCGUAUUCCCAGCAACGACACUCCACCAACCCUAAUAAGGACCAACAAGUUCACAUCAGGCUUCCAGAACAUAGUGGAGGCCUAUGGAGUGGGCAACUAUAGAGAGGUUAACCCAGCUCCUUACACAAUCAUCACCUUCCCAUUCCUGUUUGCUGUGAUGUUUGGAGACCUGGGCCAUGGUGUGAUCAUGGCUCUGUUUGCUCUCUGGAUGGUGCUGUAUGAGGACAAUCGCAAACUGAAACGCACCAGGAACGAGAUCUGGAACACAUUCUUCGAGGGCCGCUACAUCAUCCUUAUGAUGGGCUUGUUCUCGGUCUAUACCGGACUCAUCUACAACGACUGCUUCUCCAAGUCUCUUAACAUCUUUGGCUCGGGCUGGAGCGUCAAGGCCAUGUUUAAAUCUGGAAAUUGGACUUGGGAUUCCACACUCCGCACCAAUGCCUUUCUGACCCUUGAUCCCAAUGUCCCUGGGGUUUUCAAUGGACCCUACCCUUUGGGCAUUGACCCAAUUUGGAACUUGGCGUCAAAUCGUCUGACCUUUCUGAACUCCUACAAGAUGAAGAUGUCUGUGAUCGUUGGUAUCAGUCACAUGAGCUUCGGGGUCAUCCUAGGUGUCUUCAACCACCUGCAUUUUAGGACAAAGUUCAACCUGUACUUGGUACUCCUCCCGGAGCUGCUGUUCCUGCUGUGCCUGUUUGGCUACCUGGUCUUCAUGAUCAUCUACAAGUGGCUGGCCUUCUCUGCACGCGACUCCCAGAUGGCCCCCAGCAUCCUCAUCCACUUCAUCAACAUGUUCCUCAUGCAGGGGGACGGGGUGCCACCCCUCUUCCCAGGACAGUUUGGGCUGCAGAUGUUCCUAGUGGUCAUUGCUCUACUAUCGGUGCCUGUCUUACUGCUGGGGAAACCAGUCUACCGCUACUGGCUGCACAACGGAGGAGCCAACCGCAUUGGAAUGUACAGGGGUUAUGAGCGUGUGCGGCGGCACAGCGAGGAGGAGCUCUCACUGAUGAGGGAAAAUGACAUGGAGGAGGGCAGUGUCCCCAGUGACCUCUCCACCAGCAGAGAGCAGCAGAAAGAGGAGUUUGACUUUGGGGACAUGUUCCUGCACCAGUCUAUUCACACCAUAGAGUACUGCCUGGGCUGCAUCUCCAACACAGCCUCCUACCUGCGCCUCUGGGCUCUGAGUCUUGCACAUGCCCAGCUGUCGGAGGUGCUGUGGUCCAUGGUGAUGCGGUUGGGCCUGCGGAUGGACACCAGCCUGGGCAUCAUGUUUCUGGUGCCGGUGUUUGGGAUAUUCGCUGUGCUCACUGUGUCUAUCCUCCUGGUUAUGGAGGGACUGUCUGCCUUCCUCCAUGCUCUCAGGCUGCACUGGGUGGAGUUCCAAAAUAAGUUCUACACUGGGACUGGAAUCAAGUUUGUUCCAUUUGCCUUCUCCCUCCUGCCCUCCAGCUUUGAGCAUGAUGGCUUGCUGUGAAUGGGACACAAUGCUUCUGCCCUCCCAAAGGCAAACUGACACAAUGUGCCAGCAGGAUCCAGUGCUAUAUAGCUAGCCUGGGUACUAGUCGGUUUGUGCCAUCAUGCCACUCCUACGUGACAAGGAGUGGCAUGAUGGCACAAACAUAUUGGUACCCGGGCUUCUAUUGAGCCUCAUCGACAUACAGUCCAAAUUCAUAGUUGUUUUUUCUACUAUUUGUUGCACUGACUGACUGCCUUACGUAAGUACAACCAAAUCUCAGCGUAUCAUGCUCUAUUUUCAAUUGAAUGAUAUUCUGGGUUACCAAAACUUUGCAAGGAAAAGCCUCCUUCAGUCAUGUUUGUAAAUGAAAAGUAUUUUUGGAUGAAUGUGGGAGAGAUGUACAUUUUGUUUUAUAGAGUGAUAAAGUUUGAAUGAGAAAUUAACAUUUGAAUGACUACGACAGGCUUAAAAAAAGUGGUGCAUCACUCUUGAAAGUAGGCAUACCGUGUUGUGCUGAAUGCUGACAAAAUUGUUCUAAGACAUGUUUCCUAUGCCUCCAUCGCUUUGUGGAAGACUACUCCUUAAACUGCCCAUUCCAUGGAUGGAAAUGAAAAGUAUUAGCUGAAGAGAUCAUUUAAUGACACCAACAAUCCCUGAUUAUGAAUAAAGGCAGGAAAAGCAGGCACUGGACCAGUGCAGAGAUCAAUUCUCUCCAAAGCUUUUUCCUAUAUUCCCAUUCUGUAGCGCCAUCGCAGGAGAAUGUAGUUUAUGCUGUUGGGUAAUUGUACCUUCAAGAUGGAAAAAUAAGAAAGAGUUAUAAUUAUUAUUAUUUUUUUGAUAUUGGUUAAAUGUCCUAAUGAUGGUAUUAAACCAUCUGAAGAGGAGCUAAUUGUUUGAAUUGUGAUUACCACGUAACAUGGAACUUUAACAUUAUGAGGAGCAUUUCAUUGUAAACUCACUUGCUGUGUUAUCAAACAGUAAUGUGCUGUAUCUUAGUGAUGCUUAAAGAUGCCCCUAAAGCAGGAUCCUAUGGGAAAUGCUGCUGUGAAAUUGAGACUAGGGGAGAAUCUCAAUUGCAUACUACCGUACUCGCAUCCUCAAAACCCAUUGGAGGAGAAGUUCAUAGGGGAAGGCUUUCUCAUCCAAUGGGUUUUCAGGAGGCGAGGAGCGUGGACUCCAGGAGUCUGCAAUUGAGAAUAUGUCUAGGUAAUGUAAAAAUAGUGGUUAGAAAAUACUUUUCUAUAACUAUGAUGACCACUAAUUUUUAGAUGUGAAGUCUGAUUAGCAAUGGCUCUAACGUCUAAUCCUUGAUUACACAAUGUGUGUGGUUUGUUGAAGGGCUUGCUGUAAAUGUUUGUAACUAUUCUAAUGUAGUCUAUUUUAAUCUUAUUUAUUUUAAAGAAUAAUGUAAACAUUUGAUUUCUUCGCAUCAUUAACUCCAUACUUAUAUUAGUGGUAUGCAUACAUUCCUCUGUUUUGGCUUUGCUGAAUUAUUUUAUAUCAGAUAAAGGUGAACAUGUCAAUGUAACAGGUGAAUAAAGCUGACUGAAUAAAGUUGAAUUUGACUGAAAA